CGACAAAGUUAGAGUUCAACACGCUUACCUACUAACAGGCUACUCGAUGCUUUAUGCCUUCAGGCGAGGGGAAUUGAACUGUGCGCUAGGCACAUCAAGUUGCUGCUGACAGGUAGACUACAUACACUCUGCAGUGGCCCCUGCAUCCCCCGCCUGUCAUCCACCCAUCCCACCAUCGACGCAUCUCUCAUCGGCAGCAUUUCAUAGCACAUUUAAUACUCAAAAAUCAACGAUGGCUACCCCUUCAGCGAUCCCCAAGAUCGGUGUUCCCUCUGACCCCUCCAAGGAACCAUCUACAGCCCCCAACUCAACCCACUCCCCCAAACUCCCCGCACCCAAGUUCCGCCUUGAAAUCCACGACCUCCGACACCCUGCAGCCCUAUUCUUCCUCACCUCCGUGUCCGACCUCACAUCUACCCUUGAAACCGCCCUCGCCGAAAUUAUUAGGAACCUCUACACCCCCUCCGCCCUCGAUAAGGCCACCGCUGCGUCCCCGAAACGAAAGCAUCCGCCCACGUUCACACCCUCUCUCCCACCGACCCGCUCCGUAACGGUCCUACUACGCGAUAUCGGCGGGGUCGCCUAUACAACUGGCAAGGACAUUGACAACGACAACAAAGAAAUCCACAUCUCCCUUGGGUACAUCGAACACUGUGCUACCAAGGCCGAUCCCCUCGCCGAGAUAGUAGGCGUGCUCACCCAUGAGCUCGUCCACUGCUAUCAGUACGCUGCCCCGCGUGCCACUAUUGACGGUAGGCCCGAUAACUGUACCCCUCGCGCCCCCGGUGGUUUAAUCGAGGGGAUUGCGGACUUUGUGCGCCUCAAGGCGGGACUGAGUCCGCCGCAUUGGAGUCGACCGACAUGUGCCAAGGACAGGCCUGAAAAGUGGGACUCUGGGUAUCAGCAUACGGCGUACUUCUUAGCAUGGCUGGAGGAUGUUCGAGUCGGGAGGGGGGCGGUAGGUCUGCUGAACGAUCGGUUGUGUCGCGUUGGCUAUGUUGGGGACGGUAAGUCGAAGGAGGCCCAGGAGGAGGGUAGUCACAAGAAGGGAAAGGGCUUUUGGACGGCUUUGUAUGGGUCCGAGAUCGAUCAGCUAUGGGACGAGUAUGGCACUUGGCUAGAUAACCCCAACGGCCAGGGAAACUGGGAGGAUGAGCUCAUAAAUCCGAGCGAUAACUAGAACUAGUACGUAUAAAUAAUAAAUAAUACUUGCUAUACC